GCUAGUUAAAAUUCAACCAAGCGAUAAACCCUAGGUAAGGAUACUGCUAUCUUUCUAAUUUGCCCUGUCGCCGGCGGAGUCCAAGUCGUUUUGCAGGAGAAGGGAUUUGAACGAUGGCGGACAAGGCUGUGACGAUCAGAACGAGGAAGUUCAUGACAAACAGGCUUCUCUCUAGGAAGCAAUUCGUCAUUGAUGUUCUUCAUCCUGGAAGAGCCAAUGUAUCCAAGGCUGAACUGAAGGAGAAAUUGGCAAGGAUGUACGAAGUUAAGGACCCCAACUCGAUCUUUGUGUUCAAGUUCAGGACUCAUUUCGGAGGUGGCAAGUCUACUGGGUUUGGUCUGAUUUAUGACUCGGUUGACAACGCUAAGAAAUACGAGCCAAAAUACAGAUUAAUCAGGAAUGGGCUGGACACCAAGGUGGAAAAAUCAAGAAAGCAAAUGAAGGAAAGGAAGAACAGAACCAAGAAAAUACGGGGUGUAAAGAAGACAAAGGCUGGUGAUGCUGGUAAGAAGAAGUGAGAGAUCGAGCUCGAAGAUUGGGAAUAUAUUUGGAUAAUGGAUAUGUUUUUUUUUAAAAAAAAAUUCUUGAGUUAUUUUUGUCGGAUUAUCUGAAAAUGUCUUCAAUCUGAACCGAUGUUUGCCCUUCACUGCUGUGUGUGAACCACCUUUCGAACCUUGGUCAUGUAAUAGUUUUGCAUAGACAGCCGGUUCUGUUAACCAAAUUGGACCGGUUAAGAAAACUGAAA